AUGGCUGAUGUGGUUUCUUCGGCCGAUGCUGGCUUAAAGAGACUGUUUAAUAAACCCAACUUCAACCCUGAUAAAUUCAUCGCGCGCGUCUCUGAAAAUGGUGGAACGGACAUCCUGCACACCGUACAAAACCUCAAUAGAAUGGCAGAGGAAGCUUCUGGUCAAAUGAAACGGGCUAUUUACAAGAACUUUAAACUCUUCAUCGAGGCUGGAAAGGCAGUCACAAGUCUUGGAGCAACCAUGCACCAGCUGGACAAUCAACUCAUCGAGCAGAAACGUAUUCUUAAAAAUCUAACUGAGAAGUCUCUCUUCCCGGACAGCACCAGUCACAAAAAUAAUUCUACUACGGUAGACGGUAACUCUAAGGCCGUAUCAGGACUUUCUUCUUUGUUGCAUAGCGUGGACGGCAUUUCCAAUUUGAUUGCAGACCCCAAUCGCUACUUGUUGUUCGAAGCCGAUGCACUUGAAGUCAAUUCGACUUCACAUCUACGGCAGGGCGAUGUGCAUCUUUUACUUCUGUCUGAUUACGUUCUUGUUGCGAAGGCACAUAAGGAUUCGUGA